UAAUUACGCUGAUUGUGGAUCGUGGGAGACAUUUAUCUGGGCCUAUAUGUUUUACUACAUUUACACCCACCCUUGCUGACCUCAUUUUUCGAUCCAUAAUGUCAGCCUCCAGUGAAACUAAACGUGACUUUGUGUCAUCUGAACUUGGGACCAAAGAAUAUUGGGACAAAACUUACGACAGAGAAAUUGAAUCUUUCAAGGAAUUUGGAGAUGUUGGUGAAAUAUGGUUUGGAGAGGAUAGUCAAGAACGAGUAUUAGAUUGGCUAGAGGACUGUGGCUUGGUGACAAUAGAAGACCCUGUGUUAGACCUUGGUUGUGGCAAUGGAAUUAUGCUCAUAGAAAUGGCCAGAAGAGGAUACACCAACCUUACAGGCGUGGACUAUUCAGAGGGGGCCAUAGAUCUGGCCAAAUCUGUCGCACACAAAGAGGAGAUAACCUGCAUAAACUACCAGGUUGUUGACUUAGUUGCUGAUGACUGUACAGAGAAAUACACCUGUUUAACCAAGAAAUACAAGGUCGUCAUUGAUAAAGGAACUUACGAUGCAAUCAGUCUGAUACCUGAUGAUGAGAUGGAGGCUCGCACAGCUUACCUGAGAACGGUGAAGCGAAUUGUUUCUGACAAUGGCCUGUUUGUGAUAACAUCGUGUAACUGGACAGAGCAGCAGCUGCUACAGUUCUGGGAAACGGAUUUUGAACUUUUAGAGAAGAUACCGACCCCCAGCUUUCAGUUUGGUGGACAACAGGGCAAUACAGUGACUUCUAUAGUUCUGAAACCAAAGUCCUGACACACAAAGCAGAUUUAUUUCUCAAUGAUAAACUCUGUCAAUCCUUGACAAUAAGGUUUACUGUUUAAUCCAUGUAUGAAGUGCAGCAAAAUGAAAUUAAAUGCAUUCUUAAUCAGU